CGAGGAAGAUCAGUUAAUGUUCUACGGAAUGAUUUUGUAGUUCUAUAGUAGUGAUAGACUACUUGAUGUGAGAACACCAAAAAUCCGUAAAAUCCAACUGACACUCAGCAAACUGACUGAGAUUCAAAUAUGAAAUGACAGCCGCAUACUACCCGUUCAAGGUCGUUGGAACGAAACGGCGGGAGACUCGGAAAGGAUUUUACGUUUUAACUGCGCCACACUUUAGCUACAACAGAGGGCGAAUAUAUCGCCAAUUGAGUCAGCUGUCACUAUCAAACUCAUAUAGCAUCUACCAAUUCAGUACCUACAGACGAAAAGUCGACUUAUUGACGGUAAUAAGUGGUCGUGAGUGUCUACGAUGAUAAUCUACAUUUUCUUCCUCGCCUUAUUGUGUGGAAAAGUGAGCGCAUGGGAUUCUGGAGAACUCCAAAUGUUUGAUUUAGUUGAAGAAGUCAAGGAAAAUUUUUAUGACUUUCUGGGGGUUUCUCAUACUGCUGAUAUUUCUGAAAUAAAACGUGCUUACCGAAAGUUAUCUUCUAAACUUCAUCCAGACAAGAAUCCAGAUGAUCCUACUGCAGAACAGAAGUUCCGAAGGCUUGUAGGUAUUUACGAAGUCCUUAAGAAUUCGGAAUUACGUGCCAAAUAUGAUGAAGUGCUGAUAAAUGGUUUGCCUAGUUGGCGAACCCCAGUAUUUUACUUUAGGAAGCUCCGCAAAAUGUCUAACUACGAACUGUUUGGGUUGUUCUUUGGAAUGGCUACCAUAAUUCAUUAUGCUACACUUUGGGGCUCAGUUUUUGAGAAGCGGCUUACUUUGGAAGAUCAACUUAGCACUUCUUUAAAACGUCACAAAGCUCGUGAUCGGAAGUUGGAACUAAUAAACCAAGAGAUAUCUGACGAACUUCAAAAGAUUCCCGCUCCCGGAUGGUUUGAUUUGCUUCCGUUCGCCAUUGUCAGAUGGAUAUAUGCUAUCAUCACAUUUAUUCCUGUUUUCACUGAAUUUAUUAACGGAAAGAUUUCUGAGAAAUUACAAGAACGUCGUGAACUCAGGGAAGAAGUUCGAAUUCUUCAAGAAAAAAAAGAAAAACUUAAGGCUGAUAAACAAGAACGCAAACGUCGCUUAGUACACGAACAAACAAUCCUUAGAGAAGUUGUAAAGGAGUCUGGCCAAUCAACUUUGAAUUCAGUCCUUACAGACAUUCCUAAUAUUGAGACUGAGAGUUCUGAUGAAGAUUCAAAAAGUGAAGCAAAAGAUCCUGUUUAUCGAGAAUGGUCAGAAGUGGAUAGAGACAAUUUAGUUCGUGCAGUAAUUCGAUAUCCUGGAGGUGUUCCUGGGAGAUGGCAACGUAUCGCAGAAUCUCUUGGUCGUAGUGUUCCUGAUGUUAUUUGUAAAGCGAAAUAUAUGAGUAAAGAAUUAAUGUCUAUUUCUCAAAAAAAUAUAAAUCCUGAUGAAAUCCCAACCUUUGAAACAAAUGUAAAUAAUUUCUGUGGAGAAAGUAAUUCUGAACAAAGUAAUAAUCAAUCAGACGAAUCAGGUGAAGAACAAUAUUCAAAAAAACGACUUCGUAAACGUUUAUUGAGACGAAAAGAACCCUGCGUUGUCAAUCAAACAAAUGGAGAAACUCAACUGAAUGCGAAUAAUGAUUUGUCUUCAGACGUCGUCAUAGUUGAUGAACCAUAUAUUAGUCGAAAAAAACUCAAACAACAGAAAGAUGAAGCAACACUUAAAUCUACAGAAAUUAAACCUAUCAAAAGUAAUGAUGGAUGGACUAAAGUAGAACAACAACAGUUGGAGGUCGCUAUACGCUCUAUUGGUAAAGGGACACCUGAGCGGUGGGAUCGGAUCACAGAAUGUAUCCCAACAAGAACAAAGGCAGAAGUGAUGGCUCAUGUGAAGUAUCUCUCAACUCUUGUUCAACAAAAAUACUGAAUUAUCCCUUAUUGUGUUAUCAUUCCCUCAGACCGUAUUCAGUUUUUGUGACGUGUGAAUGUUAAUUUAGGCUUUAGAAAAAAGGGUUUAUCACGCCGAAUGGACUUCGGCCAAGCUAAGACUUAUGGUAAGCCCAUUUGGCCACUGUACCAUUUGUCUAUUCAUUGUAACUCAGACUUAAUUCACUAUGUUAAUUUCGGUGUGUAUGAUCGAAUGCAUGUCUGUACAUUAACCCUUAAGCUAUCCUCCUAUUGGUUGCAAUGUGCAGAUAAUCGAUAAUUUGUCCACACCCGAUUAACUCUCAAAAAUAUAUAUGGAUUUUUAACACACACACUCACUCACACUCUGUUUCAUCGUGUGUUUGCUCGCUGCACGCUUGCGGAUUAUUAUUAAUCAUUAACAAUAAAUUAUCUCUAUAACUGGUGUUCAGGCUUCUCAAUAAUCUCGAGUAAAUCCGUAAUUCUACUAGGAGAUUAAGCCUACCUUAAAUACUCAGUUUACGGGAUAUUAUUUAUUGGAGUCAGAUAUAGAGGACAUUAGCCUCCACAGACUUUGUGCUCGAUGGCUUAGGGAUUAACUUGAAAUCACGUCUGCAGAUAAUUACUUCCUACACAGCUUUUGGAGAAUUGCUUGUCACCAGUUCAUCACAAUUUGUUUGUUGAAUCUUGCUACUGAUGCUCAGUAUGGGCCCACAAUGUUUACGGACCUAAGAACAAAAACGACUGGGCUGGUCUAAUACUAUUGGUUCCCUUUCAAGUCGGGAAAGGCCGAAUGAACACUACAUCGAAACCUCAACAACUACAAGGGAAGAAAAUGGAUUACAAGGAACUUGAUACUCAAGGUAUAACAAACGACACAAAACAAAUUGAGACAGCUUGUUAUUGUAGUAGCAAGAUAUAACCUUCAAGCAUAAAUAGAUUUAGUAAAGAAACAAUGACAAAGGUCAUGCAUGGAGUCGAGUCGGAAAAGAAUGCACAAGCGGUUAUCGUUCUUGAGGAAACUUGAGCAAUUCCUUAACACCUCCCAAUUUUUACUAAUGCAGGCUGUCAGUUUAUAUACGUGCCAAAUACUGUACCCACUUUGAUUGUUUGAUACUAAUUAUCGACAGUUCUAAAUUACUUUAUUACAUAAAGCUAUCUUUCCGUGUAAUAUAUUUGUUAAAAUUUAUAGAACGUGCUCCUUUUUGUUCUAUUUUGCCUCCAGACAUGAACUGACAUACAUAAUACAUCUCUACUACGAUCCUCAUGCCAUUCUCAUCUCCUGUUUUUGAUACUUUCACUAAUCCUCACGAUGCAUUCACUUUUGUGUUAAACAUAGGUUUUGAUUUCUAGACUAUCCUGAUCCCUCGGCAUUGAUUUUUUUUCACCCAUUUCUAUUUCCAACAUUUUGUUCAAACCAUCUGUUAUGUCACUUUCUUAUCGCGCCACAAAAUAAAAUGAAGGCUCCUGCUUCUAGAAGUUCAAACAAACGUAGGAAGACGACAAAAUCUAACACUACUACUGACACGAUUUCCGACAGUUUCAACGAGACGAGCUAUUCCGUUCAUCCGGAAGCAGACUGAUAUGAUGAACGAAAAAUCAAUUUUCGAUUGAUUUAUUCGACAUUACAUCCAUUCUAAUUCAAUGUGAUAAUCAUUCACUGUAGUAAUUGUUUUCUUUUGUCGUAUGAUAUUUUAUUCUGUAUAAUAUACGAUAUUCUUGUAUUCCAUUGACACGAACUAUAAUCAGUCUGUGAUUUGUUAUAACUCUAAGUAUUUUUCAUAUAUGUUAUUUCAUUCUAAUUAUUAAUCAAAAAUGGAUGUAAAAUCAAUAUAUAAACCAGUGUAUUUUGGAUUAUUUUGAUCAUCGUCGUCGUCGUGUUUUGGGGCUAAUAUAUCUUCACUUAUACCAGUCUUUCUGUUCUUACUUUCGCAUCGUGGGAAUUGCCGAGGUCCCUCGUUAUGACAAUAAGUGAUCAGCGAUUUUCCGGCACAACGACUGCGACGACCCAAUAUAACACGGAUAAGCUUUUACCAGCUGUUUCCAUUCCAGACAUGUUGAAGACUCUAUUGAUAAACAGUUAUGAUAAUCACAACUGCAACCAUAUGGAUGAUGCAAAAAGUUCCGAGUUGACACGAACAUUCUCAAUCCGCUUAAGUAUCCCAUCAAUCCUAACCUCACAGUGACUCCACAACAUGUGUAUGACAUGAAUAAUUUCUUAGAUCGUGCUGCAUCAGAGGCAUUCGAAAGAAUUAGUCGAUCUAGCAGUGCAAUUUUGUUUAAUAUAUCAGACACAUAUGUCCUUAUAAAUAUCAAAUCUAGUCUGUUUAGAGCCAGAAAUAUGCACAAGAUUUAAAAGAAGUCACCCUGGUAUGUACUCACUGAUCUUGUUCAUAUUCAACUAAUCUGCAGACGCCAGUGAGUUUCUAAUUUCUCCAAUUCAUCGGGGCAAAACUACACUUUCAGGGAUAUUAAGAUUCUUCCAGAAAGAACACUAUGCCAGCAGAAAGCAGGAAGAGAUGUUCACAGACCACCAGCGUCUAACUCCCAAAUGCAUCAUAACCCUAAUGGUCGUAAAUUUAAGUCCGAUUCUAAGAGGACAUCUAACUUUACGAGUAUGCCGUCACCGAAAAACUCUCCUGAGGCUCAAAACCCAGAAGAAAGUAAUCCCGAUGUAGAUAGUGUUCAUCCUCUUAAGAAUGUUGACUUAGAUUCAACCCGAAGUAGUUUUGCUGAUGACGAAUGGGAUAACACAGUCCAAAUCCCUGUUAGUGCAGCACUCAGUUACAGUAACUGUGAAACGGACAACAGGAAAAUUAAUCAUAACAUUUAUAUAACUGACCACACACUUAAUGUCGAUGUAUUCGAACCUUGUAAACCAUCGUAAGUAUGUUUAACAAAACUCGAUUUUCCCAAAAUUAUGAAGGAGCCAAAACUAACCAUAAACCUUGGAAAUAAACGUCUGGAACGUGUUACCCAUACGUCAGGUAUAAAUAGUAAUCCGAGUUGUAAAUGACCACUUGGUCGCACACAUAGACCUGAUAGCCUUCUUGGUCCGGCUCCCAAUAUGUACACUAUGCCUUUAUAAGAUGUUACAUCCAAUAGAAACGAGAAGACUUUUUUGUAAUUCCGCCGGCAACGGUGAACAUAUUUCAAAUGAUGACAAAGUUGUUGAACCUAUUUCCCUUUACAACACAACUCUUACCUUAGCCAAUCCUACGAGUAUUCAUGGAGCUAACAACUAUCAUUUAUACUCUAACCUGCUGCACCAUAAUAAUUCUCAGUUUCUUAGUCUUUCGUCCAAUGCCCGCUCUCUGUCCAGUAAAAUUAUUCAUCUUAAAACCCUUUUAUUCCUUGUAAAUUCAACCAUUGUACUUAUGACGGAAACGUGGUGCAAUUCAUCUAUAUCCGAUCACUCCUUGAAUGUAGGUAACUACGUUUUCUUAAGAACCAAUAGAUGUUAUGGAUUAGGAGGCGGUACAAUUAUCUUUGUCCGUUCGGACAUUCAGGUGUGCAAAUUUGAGGAUAAAUCUCUUGAUGCCAUAGACGACUCCACUUGAGUUACUGUAAACUAUGAGUCUCAGAAUUACCUACUGGUAGGAUGCA